AUCAAUUACUAGAAUCAUGUUGAAAAUUUCAGCUUUCUGCUUUGCAAAAUCAAGACUAAAUGUGCUAAAGGAAAUGCGCAACAUUUUUCAUAGGAAAAUAUUUACGAAAAUGUGUGAUGCAAAACUAAAUGGGAAAGUAAAUGGGUUGGACGGAAAAACGCCGUUUUUGAUCGGUGUUUCAGGUGGUACCGCUAGUGGCAAGAGUACCGUUUGUAAACGUAUUAUGGAGAAACUAGGGCAGGUGGAUGUUGACCACACACAGAGACAAGUUGUUUGCAUUUCGCAGGAUAGUUUUUACAGGGAUUUAACCCCCAGUGAGAUACAGAAAGCUGAAAAGGGGCUGUUCAAUUUUGAUCACCCUGACGCUUUCAAUGAAAGCUUGAUGAAGGAGACUCUGAUGGAUAUUUUAGCGGGAAAAAUAGUCCAAAUUCCGACUUACGACUACAAAAAUCAUUCCUUACGUAAGGAUGAAAUUAUAACUAUAUAUCCAGCGGACGUUGUGCUGUUUGAGGGAAUCUUGGUGUUUUAUUUUCCAGAGGUUCGCAAAUUAUUCCACAUGAAAUUGUUUGUGGACACUGAUUCUGAUACAAGAUUGGCCAGAAGAGUUCCAAGAGAUAUUAAUGAACGUGGACGCGAUCUGGAACAAGUUUUGUGCCAAUACAUGAAUUUUGUAAAACCAGCAUUUGAGGAGUUUUGCUCACCUACGAAAAAAUUCGCUGAUGUUAUAAUUCCAAGGGGGGCGGAUAAUACAGUGGCCAUCGAGUUAAUUGUGCAACAUAUCAGAGAAAUUUUAAGUAACAGACAAAGGGCAUCUGAGGAAAGAAUUGUUCAAGUGGCUGCAGCUGCUGUAAAUCUAACACCAGUGCAUUCACCAGCCAAAAAAGUCAAUUCUGGAGGAGACGGCCAAUUUAAACGACCUCAUUAAGAUUCAUUCUUUAUGUAAAUACAUAGUUAGUGCUUUACUUCAGUUAAUUUUUAAAACGCCAAAGGAAUUAGGAUUAGAAAUCACUUGUGCCAUUUUAUUCAUUCUUUAUUGCACAGCAAAUAUACUCGUUUUACAGGGUUUUUAAUUGUGUUAAGGUUGUGAAUUAUGUACUUAUAAAAAGAAAUCGGUUUUUUGUGUGAUAUUGCAAUACCAAAACGUUUGUUUGAUUAUUAAUUUAAUAAAAGACUUUUAUUCUUAA